UUCAGUCAUUAAAUUGAAAUCAAUGUUGUUGGAUUAUGUUGUUGUUAAACUACGAAGAACUUAUUUGCGUGUAGAAAUCUAAGAUAAUUAAAAAGAAUUAGGAAAAAAACAUAAAUUAUAGAAAAGAAGUCAAAAAAAAGAGUGCGUGUUUGUUAAUUAAAAUGGCAAAUAAUUGAAGCGUUUAAAAUAAUUGUUGAAACAUAACAAAAAAGUGUAGAAAUUAAUUAAUCAAGGUGCAUAUAAAAUUUUUUUUCAUCUUUAAAUAAAAUAGAGCUAGUGAAAAUGAUUUUUCAUGAAUCGCAAAUGAAUAAUGAUGUUUGCUAAUGAUGAUUGUGUUGUUGUUUUUUUUGUUGCUUUUUAGUUUGUGAAUAUUUUUGAUGUUUUGUUUUGUGUUUGACAUUUUGCUACAAAUAGAAUAAAUGAAAAAAUAUAUAAAAAAAAAUUAAUAAAAUUUAUUCAAACUAAUCGAAACGUUUUACUUAAUAUAAAAAAAACAUCUACAUUUGUAUGCAGUUAGUUUGCAACGCGGAAACAAGAAAAUUACUUCAUAAUUAAACAAAGCUGUUAAAAAUAAUAAAUAAAUAAAUAAAUAAAUAAAUAAAUAAAUAAAUAAAUAUUGCAUUAUAUUGUUAAUUGCAACACAUAUUAAUUUUUACGUUGUUGCUAUUGUUUUUGUGUAAUAGUGCUAAUUAUAAAUUGCAAAAUAGAAAAAAAUAACAAUGCAAAGCAAAUAAAAAGAAAACCCUUGAAAAAAAAACGACCAGCAACAGCUUUUCAUAAAAUAUUUCAUAAUUUUCUUUUUCCUUCACACAAAAGGAAACAAAUUAAAUACAGGACUUUAACACUUCAUGGGAAAAGGCCUUUGAUAAGCCUGCCAGACAUCAUAUUCAAUUAUUAAAAAACAGAAAAAAACUGUAAAAAGCCGUCUAGCCACAAAACUUACAGAAACCAGUUGCCUUUGGCCUACAAGUGUUCAAUUUUAUUGACGCCACCAGCAGCAGCCGCCAUCUAUUCAAAGCAUCUCCAGCACAACAACUACAAAUGCUUUAAAAAAGUACUUUAAAUCAUCUCAUUUUGCAGCAGGUUCUUUAAAAAAGUUGUCUUGGCUUUUUGUGGUUUUUGCUCUUCCUAAAAUAAAACCAAAAACAACAAAAACAGAAUUUACAACUGCGAACGCUAUUGCACUUUUUUUGUAAUAAAAACAACAACAGCUGCCCCCUCCCCAACAAGUAAAAAAAAAAAACAAAACCAGUUUUUUCAUUUAGCUCCUCUCAAAUUAUCAGCUGCUCUUUUUAAAUUUUGUGUGUAGUUGUUGUUGUUAAUUUUGUGGGAUUUUGUUUGUAUGUUGACAGCUGUUCCUUUGGCCAGCAUUUCUUCUUGAUAAGAUACUUCCUUUUUAUAUAAGUUCAAUCACUUCUCUGUUCACACAUCAAUAUGACAUCGUCUAGUCAUAUGGAAGGUGUCGCCGAUACCGAAUGGCUGGAAGAUCUGCUUAAAGAAGUUCAACUAGAACAGUUCCUAGAACGUAUACGCGAUGAUUUACAAGUCACACGUCUGGCACAUUUCGAUUAUGUACAAGCCGAAGAUUUGGAACGUUGUGGUCUGGGUAAACCAGCCAUAAGACGUUUAAUGGAAGCGGUGCGCAAGAAAAAAGCCCAACAAUGGCGUAAAAAUAUUCUAUCGAAAUUAAUAGGUGGCGGUAAACAGCCUUCGUCGAAGAAAUCCUCAAAUGCCACAAAUAAAGAUAAACAACAGAAUACUCAAUUAACCUGCCUAAUACAUGAGAAAGAUAUAACGCUGGGCAAUAAAUUGGGUGAUGGUUCAUUUGGUGUAGUGCGCCGGGGAGAAUGGUUAACGGCACCUAAUGGUAAACAUUUACCGGUGGCAGUUAAGGUUCUUAAAGCGGAUAAUCUUACACAACCCGGCAUUAUAGAGGACUUUUUUCGUGAAGUGCAGGCUAUGCAUGCUUUAGAUCAUUCAAAUUUGGUGCGUUUGUACGGCGUGGUGCUAUCCCAACCCAUGAUGAUGAUUACAGAGUUGGCAGAACGUGGUUCCCUACUCGACACUUUGCGCAAACAGUGCAAACAUACUCCCUUAACUACAAUUUGGAAUUGGUCGGUACAAAUUGCCACCGGUAUGGCCUAUUUGGAACAAAAAAGAUUUUUACAUCGCGAUCUGGCCUGCCGUAAUGUUUUAUUGGCUUCAGGAAAUAAAAUCAAAAUUGGUGAUUUUGGUUUGAUGAGAGCUCUACCUCAAGAAGAUGACUGUUAUGUUAUGUCUGAACAUAAAAAAGUUCCUUUUCCCUGGUGUGCUCCGGAAUCGUUGCGCUUUAGACAAUUUUCUCAUGCCUCCGAUACCUGGAUGUUUGGUGUUACUUUAUGGGAAAUGUUUACCUUUGGUGAAGAUCCAUGGGUGGGUUUGAAUGGUUCGCAAAUUUUGCGUAAAAUCGAUAGGGAAGGUGAACGUUUGCAUCAUCCUGAGGCUUGUCCGCCAGAUGUAUAUGAAAUGAUGUUACAAUGUUGGGAUAAGACACCAGCUGAGCGCCCCACUUUUGCAGCUAUAAAAGAAUUUUUGGUGGGCGUAUCACCACAAGUGGUUAAGGCAGCCAAAGCUUUUAAUGAAGCAAAUCGUUUACAAAUUGAGGCAGGUGAUACUAUCGCCAUUAUAGAUGGUAGACCCGAACUUAAAUUAAUUAAGGGACAAAACCAAAGAACCUUUGAUAUAGGCAUCUUUCCACGACAAAUUUUGGAGAAAACCAAACAAACCAACAGUGACCUCAUACGACCAAUGCAUGAAAAUCUUAGAGCUACCGGUCAUUCAGGUUCUCCAUUCGGUUUCUGUUGGGGUGGAGCUGGCACUAUGGCCACCAGUAGUAGUGAAAUGCAUGCUGAGAGAGCACGUAAAACAGCUUCUUUGCAGGCUCAGUCCAUGCAACAGUUGCAUCAUGCUAAAGAACGCAAAUCCAUUGUAAACAAACAAUUCUCCUAUAACAAGCUGGUAAACGAGAGAGCUGUUGAGCUGCAGCGCCAUCAAUCAAUGCAGUCUGCUGGUGGCAGUGGGAAAAACAAAAGUGACAAAAAUAAAGGACCACAAAGGCCACCACCACCCCAACUGCAGCAGCAACAAGAAGGUAUUCUAAUUGAUAUAUCCCCAGAAUUUGGUGGUGGUGGCGGUGUUAGUGGUCCCUCUUCCUUCACACAAAACUCCUCUUUACUGCACUUGGGUGAAAGUUCUUCAAUGCAUGUCGAUAGCACUUUUUGUAUACUCGAUGCUCCCAUAGAUGUGCCUACCGAAGGAGAGGAUUACUUGGACAAUGAGGCUUCCAACCCCAGUAUUAUGCCUCCAACUCCUACAACACAUAAUAAUUUUGAAUUUGGUGCUUCGCCUUCACGUCCGCAUCCACCUCCUUAUCAAAUGCCACCCACAUACUCGAAUACAAUGGAAUUUAGUCAACAGCAACCAACAGCAAGAGAUCCCUUCGAUACCAGUAGAAUUAGUUUUAAUGGCGCUAACAACACCAAUACAUCCAAUGAUGAUAUUAAUGCUUUAUACUCGAAUGUGAUAAAAACACAACAACAGCAACAAGAUACUCACCUAAGAAACACUUCCUUACAAAAUUCCAAUAUUAAUAGUCCAGCAGCACGUAAAAGUCUAUUUGGUGCUGGACCGGGUUUAGCCACAACAGCUUCUAAUUUAUCAUUAACAGGCAACAAAGAAAACAUACCACAAAUAUCUACAGAAACAGCUGGCCACAACCUAACAACUCUCAGACAAUAUGAAACUACAAAACUACAAACGUCAACUAUAUCAGCUGCAGAAGAUUCGGCAUUGCAAAGAAACUUAAGUACACUUUCGUUGGAGAAACAAACAACUACUACACCACCAGCAACAAACACUAACGAACAAGUAGUUUUGGAUAAAAGCUUUAUAGCUGAAUUAGAAAAGGACAUGUACUCCAAUGAAGGACAAAAGGAUUAUGAACGCAAUUCUUCGCAAAUGUAUGCCAACAAGGAGGCAGUGUUUAAACAAAAUUUAACGCCCCUUAAAAAUUCAGCAGCAGCCAGUCAUUCAAAUCACUCCAGUCCCUCUUCAAUAAAUGGAGCUUCACCAAAAAUGCAUAAUAUUGAAAGACAGGCCGGUCAUUACAAUGUCUUAGAGAAUCGUAAUAGCAUAUACGGUGCUGCAACAGCCGAUACUAUCGCCCAAAAACCCAGUAAUUUAGAAAACGCUUCAGCCAAUAAUACUCAAAGUGUGGUCAAUCGUAUUUGGUAUGAAAGGGUAGCUAAUCAAUCGGAAUAUUAUGCCCAACCAGCUUUAGAGAAUAUCUACUCUAAUCAAGGUAUAUAUCAAGCCACACCUGUUGCCACAGCCACUACGGCUAAUGAAAGUAAUCAUAGUUUUGUGGCCAUAUCUAAUCGUGUGGUGGCUCCUAAAACCGCCAAUCAAGUAUAUGCCUCUGCUGCUUCUAUCUAUGGCAGUGUAACUGGACAUAAUAUGUAUGACACGGUUGCACCUACACCCUCAACUUAUUAUGGGCAAAUACCUUUAAGUCAUAUCUCAAAUAGUAAUGGCCAAAACUAUUCCAAUGGCACUGCUAAUAACCCAACACAACCGGCUAUUUAUGAUGAGGUAACUUUAGAUGAUUACCUACGACCACAUCGUCCUGCUCCCUUAGCUCCGCCUCAACUAUCAGCCCAACAGAUACAACGACGUCUGGAAAAACUAAAGAAACAACAGGAGUCACAAAUGGAAGGCAGCAGUUCGCUGUAUGCCCCGCCACCUUCGGACUAUGAAAGAGAACAUCAGAAAAUACAACAGAUGAUGCAGGAUUUAGGACCAAAUACUCAAGAAAUCGAUGUACGAAAUGCUUUAAGAGCUGCCAGUGGUGAUACGAAUUUAGCUAUAAGACACUAUAAAAUUGAUCAAUUAUCAAGACUUGGUCUUGCUAAUCGUCCUCAAUGUGAACAAGCUUUACAAAAAACCGGCUGGAGUUUAGAACUUGCAGCUGCUGUUUUAUUAGAAACUACUUCCUAAGCUAAACCCAAAAUACGAACAACAACAUUAACAACAUAAUCCAACACAACAACAACUACUUGGUACCCCCAUCAAAUCAUUCCAUAGUUCCCAAUUAUAUCACACUACAGAAAAAAAGUAUUAUGACAAUUUUAAAUAUAGAAUGAAUUGAAUAGAAACCUGGUAUUUUAAAAUGUGAUUUUAAAACAGUACAAUUACGAAAAAACGACAUCACUAAAUGAAAAAUUUCCUUUUUUUAACCAAACUUUUUUUACAAAUCCCUAAACACUACAAUAAAUAGUUGUUUUUCUUUUAAACAAUGAAGCUUAUAAUACGAACAAUAAAACCGUCCUUGUUUAAAAAUUCGAUCAAUUUAAUAUACCAAAUUUUUUAUAUUUAAAUUUUUAUUGGGUCUUGCAAACA